GGCGGCGCCUUUCCUUGCUUGUCAGGCCGGAGCGAGAGAGAGGGCGGGGGCAGCCCGUGAUUUGGAGAUGGCUCUGAGGAGGCCGCGGUGAGGCUGGAGUCGUCGCUCCCUGGAGGGACGUGACCUCUGCCGCGAUGCUGAGGAGGAUUUUACAGAGGACUCCAGGCAGGGUUGGAUCUCAGAGCUCUGACUCUGAUUCAUCUGCAGCCCCUGGAAAUGCAGUGGAUAUCAACAAUGAGAGUACUUCAGAGGGAUUUAUUUGUCCUCUUUGUAUGAAAUCUCAUGGAUCAGCUGAAGAACUUUUUAAACACUAUGAAGCAGUUCAUGAUUCUGGUAUUGAUACAAGUCAUGCAGGAGAAUCUAACAUGACCCCCAAAAGUGAUGACAUAACUUUAUUGAGGCAAGAAGUUCAAGACCUGCAAGCUUCACUUAAGGAAGAACGAUGGUAUUCUGAAGAGCUGAAGAAAGAAUUAGAAAAAGUUCAUGGGCAGAAGCAGCAAGAAUCCAAACCUGAUGGUCUGGCAACUGCUGCCUCUACAGAAUUGGAAUCUUUAGAACAGCAGUUAGAAGACAGUCAAGUAGAAAAAUUUAAUAUCAAACAAAUGAAAGACUUAUUUGAACAGAAAGCAGCACAACUGGCCACUGAGAUUGUGGAACUUAAAGCCAAAUAUGAUGAAGAAACAAGCCUUCGAGAACUUGCAGAACAGAAAGUGACUAAUUUGACACAAGAGUUACAGAAGCAAAAAGGUGUAUGUGAAGAUUUAAACACAGAGCUGCUUCAAAGACCUGGGGUAGAAGAUGUUGCAGUUCUAAAGAGGGAAUUAGUCCAAGUUCAAACAUUGAUGGAUAAGAUGGCUUUGGAAUGUGAGAAAGAAUCUGAGAAACUGAAAGAUGAAUGCAAUCAUUUGAGAGCAGAAUAUACAAAUGCAGAGGCUACCAUUAAUAAGUUAAAUACUGAACUUGCAAAAGGACCACAGGAAGUGGCUACAUAUGUACAGGAGAUCCAGAAACUUCAAACUUCCAUUAAUGAAUCUGCACAGAAAAAUCGGAAUCUAGUGGAAAAAUUAAAAAAGAAAGAAUUGGAAUAUACUCAGUUAGAAGAGAGAAAAAAUGAAGAAUCAGCGGGUAAAAGGAUUUUGCAAGCAACUCUUAAUCAAAAGGAAUUGGACUGUCAACAACUUCAGGCAAGACUGUCUGCAUCUGAGGACUCGUUACAGAGAUUGCAGAAAGAAUUGUGUGAAAAGGGAGAAGCAAGCCAAAAACUUAAGGAGGAAUUGUCAGAAGUUGAAGCCAAAACCCAGCAUCUUAAGGCAGAAUGCAAGCAGCUACAACAACAAAGGGAAGAAAAAGAACAGCGAAGCCUGCUGCUUCAAAAUGAGCUCAAUCAGUUACAUAAUAAACUUCUGGAAACAGAACAUCAACUUGGGGAAGCACAGGGCCGACUAAAAGAGCAGAGACAGCUAUCUAGUGAAAAGCUGAUGGAAAAGGAACAGCAAGUGGCUGACAUUCAGUUAAAACUUUCACGUGCUGAAGAGGAGCUAAAGGAAAAAGCGGCAAAUACAACUGAAUUGCAACAUCAAUUAGACAAAACGAAGCAGCAGCAUCAAGAGCAGCAGAAUCUUCAGCAAAGCACAACAUCAAAACUUCGAGAAGCCCAGAAUGAUUUAGAGCAAGUUCUACGUCAGAUUGGUGAUAAAGAUCAAAAAAUCCAAAACCUUGAAGCCCUGCUACAAAAGAGUAAGGAGAAUAUUUCUCUGCUAGAAAAAGAAAGGGAAGACUUGUAUGCAAAAAUUCAAGCUGGUGAAGGAGAAACAGCAGUUCUAAAUCAGUUACAGGAAAAGAAUCAUGCUUUGCAGGAACAGGUAACACAGCUGGCAGAAAAAUUGAAGAAUCAAUCAGAAAGCCAUAAACAGGCCCUAGAAAAUUUGCAUGAGCAAGUGCAGGAACAGAAAUCCCAUUUAAGAGCAUCUCAAGAUCAUGUUCUUUCCUUGGAAACAACUAUCAGUGAGCUACGUAAUCAGCUAAGUGAAAGUAAAGAAAAAGUAAUGCAACUUGAUUUGCAGGUAAAAGCAAAGACUGAAUUGCUUCUGUCAGCGGAGGCAGCAAAAGCUGCUCAGAGAGCAGACCUUCAGAAUCACUUGGAUACCGCCCAGAAUGCGUUGCAAGACAAACAGCAGGAACUAACAAAAGUCUGUACUCAAUUGGAUCAAGUUGCUUCCAAGCUGCAUGACAAAGAAGAAUAUUGUAUACAGUUGGAAUCCAGUCUUAAAGAGUUCAAAGAAAAACACCUUAAUUUAGAGCAAAAAACAGAAGAGCUGGAAGGUCAACAUAAGAAACUUGAAACUGAUCUUUUUGAAGUUUUGGGACAAAAAGAAAAGGCUCUUCAAGAACUAGAGCAGCAAAGAAAACAGUGCACAGAGUUGAACCUCAAAGCUGCAGAUCUGAGCAAACAACUAGAGGAAGAGAGAGAAAUGCUAUCUAGAACCAAAUUAGACUUGCAGAAAAAAAAUGAUACAUUAGAAGAAGUAAGCCAACAAAGAUUAAAGCAGGAAGAAGAAAAUGAAAAACUGAAGUUAGAAAUUGAGAAAUUAAAUCAAGAUAAAUUGAAGUAUCACAGGGAAUUAGAUGGAAAGUUGCAAACAUUAACAGAUGAUUUGGAGAAAAUGAAGCUGGAAAAAGAUACUCUAUUAAAAGAACUCGAGAUCCUCAAAGGUAAACUCUCAAAUAGCAACAAAUCUUUGGAAGAAGCAAAGAAUGCAUUGGAGAAAGAGAAACAGAGAGGAAACACAGCUGUAGCAGAAAUGGAAAAAUCUUGUCAAGAAGCUAGACAUCAACUUCAGUUACAGUCGGAAUCUAUAGCUAAAGAACAGAAUGAACUGAAAAACUUACUGGAAAAACAAGAUGGGAUAUCCAAACAGCUAGCAACAGAGCUUGAUUUGGCACGUGUACAAGUCCUGCAGCUUCAGGGUGUUCUCAAAGAAAAAGAAAAAAAUGAACAACAGCUCCAAUUGAAGGUAAAAGAACUGAAGGAAUCUUUCGACCAGAAGAAAAAACAAAAUGAGACACAACAAGCUGAAUUAAAAACAGCCCUAUUAGAAAAGGCAGAACUGGAAAAUAAAUUGCAGCAGCAAAUAACAUUAUCAGAACAAAUCCUUGCUGUAAAGAAGGAAAAAAUAACAGACCUGCAGAAAUCCCAUAAAAAAGCUCAAGAAAACAUGGAAAAACUUCAACUAGAUAUUUAUGGUAAAGAAUCUGAAAACUUGGCUAUCCGGCAAGACCUUAAGGUUACAGAAGAGAAGCUAGCUUUGGCUCAAGAAGAAUUGAUUUCUAAUAGAAAUCAAAUUAGUAAUCAUAACCAAUUGAUCAAAGAACUUAAGACUAUAAGAUCUACACUGGAACAGGAUGUGUCCAAAAAAGAACAGCAACUGAAAGAACAAGAGAAGUUGUUACAGGAAAUACAGAAAGAUAAGGAUUUAAAAGAAAAAGAUUUGUUUAAUGAAAAAUCAAAAACCUCAGAACUCUAUAACAUAAAUUGCAAACAGGAAGAAGAAAAUGUGAAACUAAGGGAUGAAAUUAGACUCUGCAAACAAGAGUUUGAGAAGGAGAUCUCAAAUCAAAAAGAUGCCAAACAGCUGUUGAUUAAACAGAAACUAGAAUUACAGGAAAAGGUUGAUAAUUUUAGUACAGCUAUGGAGCAAGAGAAGAAAAACCAGGAAGUCAUGAAAGAUCAGUGGAAGAAGAAAGAAGGGGAAUUGAAGAAGAAAUGUGUUGAGAUAGAAGCAAAACUGCAAGCUUUGAUCAAGAAAAAAGAUGAGCAGUGUAAAAGUCACGAAGAAUCUGAGUGUAAGCUCAAUAUGCAGAUCACAGCACUGAAUGAAAAUCUAGGGACAGUGAAGAAAGAGUGGCAAAGCAGCCAAAGAAGGGCUAGUGAACUAGAAAAACAAAUAGAUGAUCUGCGUGGAGAAAUUGCAGUUCUGGAAGCCACUGUCCAGAACAAUCAGGAUGAGAGGAGAGUGUUGCUGGAAAGGUGCCUUAAAAGCGAAGGAGAAAUUGAAAAGCUUCAAAGCAAAGUCAUGGAUGCACGAAGAAAAUUGGAUGAUACAACUGCAGCCAUGCAGGAGCUGGGGAGAGAGAACCAGUCACUGCAGAUCAAACAUACACAAGCAUUAAAUAGGAAAUGGGCUGAAGACAAUGAAGUUCAGAAUUGCAUGGCUUGUGGAAAAAGUUUUUCUGUAACAAUCAGAAGGCACCACUGCAGACAGUGUGGAAAUAUUUUCUGUGCUGAGUGUUCCUCAAAGAAUGCCUUAACUCCUUCUUCUAAGAAACCUGUUCGUGUCUGUGAUACUUGUUUCAAUGAUCUACAAGGAUAAUUACUCACAACUCUUACAUAUUAUGCUAGAGUAAAAUUUCUGUUAUGCACUUCGUACAAUACUCAGACUACUAUUUUGGGUGGGCACUGAUUGUAACAAUUGGCAAAAUUAUAGUAUAGUGUUUAACUGCUAAAGUCAAACAAUUGUACUUCUUGUGAAGUUGAAAUUAUCUGUGACUUAUUUGGUUUUAGUCAGAGAGCUUCUGUGUCAAGUUUAUAAGUCUCCAAUGACUUGUAAAUAAAAUUAAAAUAGAGGAGUUACAGUGUAUUUUUUUUAUCCUCCUUUGUUGGUUCAAAAACAACCCCUUUAAACAGUUUUGCAGGGAUUUUGUGUUUCAAUUAUUGCUGCAUAUAGUAUAACUUAAUGAUUGUUCAGAAAUGUAUAAGGUAUUAAUAGCCUCAAACAAACAGCUUUUCGUGUUUAUUGUUUUUUCCUCUUCUUUCUUAAUUUUUUUUUACUGUGAGUUCCUUUUUAUGAUUAUGUCUAGUUAGUGGAAACUAAUAUGUCACAGAAAAUGAAAAGCAAUCCCAAUACUAUAGUGUAGAUCUGAUAUUUCUUCUCUAACAAUAUGCUGCAUUCUGUUGAAAAUAGUUGGGCUACAUCACCUUUGAUAUGCAAAUUCCUAUGCUUCUUAUAUUUUUUGUACUAUUUAAAUAUGUUUGCACUGUUCUCUCUGUCUUACUCAUAAGAAAUAUUGCCUGGAAGAUCCAAGCAUAGCAAAUUCUGGUACUGAAAGAUACUUAGUUAUGAUAAUUAUUAAUUAUUUUACAACUCCAAUUAAAGGAAUUGCAGAGGAACAUUCAAGGCAAAUGUUCCCCAUUUUAAUUAUAAAUCUUUGUCCUUCAAAUUUGGAAAGAAACUCAGAACUGCUGAAGAUCGAAGAGAAACUUAAAUUCUCUUGUAGUUUCUCCUGUUUUCUCUCUAAUCAUGGAGGUUAUUAAAAAGUAAUGUCAUAUUUUAUUCAUCUGAAAGUUAAUUAAAAUUACUUUUUUUAAAACUAAUAGGUGGAUAACAAAGUUUGUUUCAGUUGAAAUUGGGAUGUAGAUACACUACUAUGCACACUGUGGUGAUAUAAAAUAAUGUGCUGAUAAAAUCUAGUUUAGUAAAAUAUGAGGUAAUAUUUAAAAUUAACUUUUCUUUGGAUUUGUAAUCUGUUUGCAUGGGAGAUGAGUGUAGCUGUAGACAUAGAAAUGAAUAUGGAAGUAAGAAAAAAAGUAACACAAAUAAUUUAAUAAAGAUAUAUUGAAAGAGAGGGCUUUUCACGUAGAAGAUUCUAUGUCUACUACUUGUAUCUCCAAAUAAUAAAUUCACAGGUACCAGUACUAGGGUUUACAUACCAUUUUUUCUUGUCUGAAAUCCUGGAGAAAAAUUAGUUGUGAACUAUACAAUUUUGUAUCAAUAGAUUAAGAGUCUUAAAGAUUAUGAAUCGGCAUAAGGUAAAAAUGUUCAAAUAUGAAUAUAACGUACAGAAGUCAAAUCUUCCACGUUAGCUAUUCAUAGAUUCUACAAUAGAAAUACAAUUCAGAUGCUAUCCAGUGGUUUUAUUCAUUAUUAUUUUACUCUAAUUUGGAAAAAGAAAAAAUACGAAGUAUUCAUGGUAGGAACUGAAAUUUAUUGGGGCUAUCUUCUGAUUUAUCUUAGUUGAUAUAAGGAAGUUAUAUAAGGAACUCUUCAUCUCAUAAAUUAGCAGAUAAAGAAACUGAUUCACCGGGAGAAGUAAUAUUUUUUAAAGAUGAUGCUUGUAUGUGUCGUAGCAAGUGUCAUUUUGGAAAUGGUUUCCUAUAUAUAUAAGAUAAAGAGGAAUUCUUUUCCAAGGUUGUAUCUCUUACUUGCAUUUUUUUCUAGGUAUUUUUAAAAGGAUAUUAAAAACAAGCAAACUAUUUGCCCCUCAUUUAAGUGGGAAUUUGCUUUUGUUCCAGUCCCUAGAUGUUUUACAUACAUUUACACACAUAUGGAUAAAAGUUCAGCUUGUCCAGAGAAAGGAAAUGAGGUUUUAUCUGAUAGUUUAAACAUUGAAAACUCAGGAAGAGCAAGGUAUAGCAUUGUCACUUGCACUAUGCACUUUUUAGUGUAACCAACACUAUAUGCAAGAGAAGGAACAAAUGUUUGCAAGAAGUGAUGCAGUAAUUGGUCUACAAAAAUGUACGUUCUUAAUUAAGUGCUCAUUCAAUUCCCUGGUAAUUUCAUAUGGUGUUUAGGAAUAUUAUAUUCAUAAUUUUUAUGUAUUCCAGAGGAUACAUAGUUUAGUAUACAUAGUGUAUACUAAAGAAGUUUGCAUGUUCUUUAGCAGCACUACUUGAUUUUAAGAAUAGAAAAAGUGGACUUGGCAAUUUUGCACAUUUCAUGUUCUCAGUGGCUUUCAUUAUUCCUAUAUAAACAUUUGUUUUCUUAUUAAAUUACAUUAACAUUUAUUUAGGUGGUCUAUUUCCAGGUCACAGCAAUAAACAGAAAAGGAAGUUCCCUACUUGCGAAUAGAAAUGUUAGUAUUUUAUUGUUUCUUUAAAACUUAGAAGUGGUUUAUUUUACGUUCCAUUUAGAAGUUAAAAAAUAAAUAAAUCUGACCAAAUUUAACAUUAACUGCUCGCCUCAGUAUGUAAUCCUUUGAUAGCAGGCACACAGAAAAAAAGUCAUGAGAAAAAUAGUUUGUGUGGUAGGCAACGCCAUUCAGCAGAGAUUUGUUUUUCUCCUGUGAUCUCUUUAAAACUCAUAUGAAUAAAGUUUGUAAUUGGCGUUCUGAAUUUAUAAAUUUCAAAUACAGUAUAUGUUGUUGAUUACUGUGGCAUAUCUGAAUAGCUUUCAUGCUACCUACAUUGUACUAUGUGGUUAAAUCCAAACUCUUUGCACCAAAGAGAAAGAAAAAAAUAUUGUUUCAUCAGGUUAAUAAAGAAACAUUUUGUAAUAGAAAUCUAUCCAAAAUGCUGCUUGUAUAGGAUUUAUCACUUUUGUAAUAAAAUUAUUUUAAAAACACACACAAAAAGCCCAGUCUAAGAAUGCCACUAUGUAAGAUUUCAUUUUAACUACCUCUUGAUAAAAAACUCCACUUGAGCCCAUUUUUAAAUGGUUCCCUCACUAUGAUGUUAGGUUUGAUUUGUGAUUACUGCCAAAUUUUAAAACAUUUUGAUUCACCAAAAAUGUAGUAUUUCAGUAUGUGUGCUUAUGUGACUUACAGUUAUUAUAAAUCUAUACUUUAGGUUCCUUUAAUUCUACAAACCUGUAGGUGUUGGAGAAAAAAUAAAUUAUACAACUGUUCCUAAUUAUGUUCGAUCUAUAUCAGCUGUAUGUGUCACAUUGGCUGCUGUUAAUAUUUACAUGUCAUUAAGUUAGUCUCGAUUUCCAGUCCUCAUGACAAGAAAUUGACAACUGCAAUUAUUAUGCUAUAAUGGAAGUGUGCCACAAAUUGUAUUGUCUGAUUGGCCUCUUUUUAACUAUUGGUUUAUUAUGGUUGCAGAUGUGAAUAUUGUGCAUAAUGUUUAUUGGGGUGGGGUCUGUAUAUUGUAUAAAUUAGACUUGAAGAAUUUCUGUGCUUAAAUUUACAGAUGUAUUAAGGUCGCUUUAUCUACAUAAGAUUGCACUUCUUUUUCAAGUGGAUCCUUACGUUCAUAUUAUCUUUAGAUAGUCUUGCAUGGCAAUUUUUAUCAGGUGGAUUCUCUUAAGUCUGAGUGAUGUGUUUAUGACUUGUAGUCAUGUAGUCGUGCCUUAUAAUGUUAAAGAGUUUAGUUCAGUAUACACUGUAAUUUCUAAACUCUGCAUUUGGAAAGUAAUGGAAGCUGAGUAGUGAGAAAAAUGACACCACACAAUCACUAAUUCUGUAUGAAACCCAUGGGUGGAUACUUAUGGAAAUAUUACUUUUGUAUUCUAUUAUUGGGCUGAAAAUAAAAUUAGAAAUUUCUAAUAGACUGUUUGCAAUGACUGUUUUGGUGCUGGUAUGACAAGCUAUCUGCUGUAUAUGUCAAACCUAUUCAUCUCCAAAUAUUAGUGGAAUGCUUCAACUAUUUCAUAUUUUGGUUGUGGCAAGAUUGAAUUUCCUGCUUUAUUCCGUAUUAUAAAAUUGCUGUUUUAAGUGAUGAUCAUUUUCACUGAGUUCUUUGGAUUUAAUAGUUUGUAUAAAAAUUUAAAUCUGUAUAUUAUUAAAACUAUUGUGUCUUGUAGUCUUUAAUUAGAUGCAACAAUGCAUUAUAGGGCAACAAUUUUUGAACUAAGGUACCUCAGACUUAUUUGAGAUAACUUAUUUAUUUAUCAUCUUGCAGUUCAGAUGAUUUACAGAAUGCAUUCAAAGCUUGGGAUCCCUGACUUCUCUGGGAUUGAAAUUUGGCAAAUUUAUGGUCACUUCAGUACUGCAUGGAGUUUCAGAACAUCAGCAGAUCAUCAGCAGAACAUCUGCAGAUCAUGUAGACCAGUCCCAUCAUCAGCUGCCAAAGAGCAGUCGGCUGUAUUCAAGCUGUCAGGAAAUUGGAAGUCACUUUCUCAUCUGCUGUUUUUUCCCUUGGUCUUUUGUUUCAGUAAGGAAAUACCUCUGAAACAAUGAUCCACAAGGUUAUGUGUUGUCUAGUAGUGCUAUAAAAGUCUGUAGAACCAAUAUCCCAAAUGGAUGUGUUUUAUGAACUAGAGAGCCAAUAAGGGAAGUUAAUUAGUUCAGAGUCUUAUUGCCCAAGUUAUAUGAAUGAAUUUUUAGUACCACUUUCACCAAAACAUUUCAAUUAAUUUUUUGACUAGCAUCCCAUAGCGUCCUUUAUUAUUUGCUAAGCGGGAUGAAUGGACACAAUGAGUGAUGCAUCAUAUUUUUAAAAAGUAAAAAGACAUAAUAGAUGAUUUAUAAUGGAUCUUGCAUGUUUAAGUAAUAGUAUGUGUGCUGGAUUACCAAUCAACCUUAAAAAGAGUCAUAUUCAUCUUAACAACUUUUUGGACAUACUGUAUUUGUAUGGCCUCAAGGAUUGUAAAUAAUUUUGAAUACAAAAGUGAUUUCCCAUUGUCUUCAUCCAAGACUUUCUCUCCCCCGCCCCCCUUUUCUCCCCUUUUUUAUGUGCCAUAUCUGUCAUCAGACAUUGGUGAUCCUAUUUUUAUCAA